CUGUGACCACAGUCCGUUCAAGUGAGUCGACCGCAUCGCACACACGUACUUUCAGCUGUAGCACAGUCGAUUAAAAUUAGUAAAUAAAUCGUCAAAAUGUUCUGUGCCCUAUCAACAUUCCUCACUUUCGUGGGCGUCUAUGCCCUGGGCUGUUAUCUCUACGAGCAGUUAAGAACGCCGUACAAAUUGCUAAAAAUCAGGUAUUUCAGCGAUACUAGGCCAACUCUGAAGGAGCGUUUCGGAGACUGGGCCGCUGUCACGGGUGCCAGCGAUGGAAUUGGCAAGGAAUAUGCCAAGGAGCUGGCCCGCCAGAACAUCAAUGUGGUGCUAAUCGCUAGAAGCCAGGAGAAACUCCAGGCGGUUGCCAAGGAAAUCACCGAAAGCGGUGCCGGUGUUCAGACCAAGAUUGUGAUAGCUGAUUUUACCAAGGGCUCGCAAGUCUAUGAGCACAUAGAGAAGGAAACCGCCAAUAUACCCAUUUCUAUACUUGUAAACAACGUUGGAACCGCCAAGCCGACAUCCUUGCUGAAUUAUAGCCAGGAAGAAACCCAAAACAUCAUCGACACCAACGUGGUGGCUGUUUCUCAGCUGUCUCGAAUCUUCUUCCAGCGCAUGAAGGCUUCUAAAUUGAAGGGAGCCAUUGUUAGUGUUGGUUCCGGCACGGAACUGCAGCCCCUUCCCAAUGGAGCCUACUAUGCCGCCUCCAAGGCGUACACCCGUAGCUUAACCCUGGCCUUGUACCACGAGGCGAAGCCAUAUGGCAUCCAUGUGCAGAUGUUGUCCCCGAACUUUGUGGUCACCAAGAUCAACUCGUACUCCAAGCAGAUCAUGAAGGGUGGUCUCCUCAUCCCAUCGGCCUCGGCUUAUGCCAAGAGUGCGGUUAAUCAGCUGCGGGACGAAGUGGACGAGACUCCCGGUUACCUGUGGCACCAUGUCCAAAACGCUGUGGCCACCGCCUUCACCUGGCGAGUGCGCACCUAUAUCGCCAAGACAGACUGCCUUUUGUGGAAAUAAGAGAAAGAAAUAUCGCCUUUCAACUAUACUGUCUCUUGAGUACGCUCUUAUCACCAGUCAAAAGUUCGCUUAUUCGGUCUUUAUAAAGAGAACUCUCUUAAGCACAUAGUCAGUUCUUAAACGAAGGAAUUAUAUUAAG